UUGAAAUAAAGCGGCAAAGAGUGGUGGAAUUCGGCAAAUUCAUGCGUAUCGAAACGCAAAGGUAAACGUGCUAUUUCGUCGAUGGAGUUUUAGCCUAUUUUAAUGGUUCAACGACACAAUGCCUUUGCUUACGAGUGGAGGCGGUAAAUUUGCACCGCCAAAAAUCGAUCAACGCAAGAGGAACGGCCAGGAACUCCCCACUGAUGCGUCGCAACUUCCUCAAGAAGUGCAAUUGAAUCUUGGGGGUUGUGAGUUGAUUUUUAGUGACGGACAAUGGACUAGCUCAGGUGGCACAGGCGUGGUGCGCGGAUCGAAAAAAGAGUCGGCGGCGCGUAAACUGGAAGAGGAGAACAACCUUUUGAAGGCGAAACUGGAACUAGUGAUGGACAUGUUGACAGAGCUGACGGCGCAGUCACGUUUGCAGGCCAAAGAGGUUAAAAUGCUGAGAGCCAAACUGAGGAAAUGAGAAAAGAUAUCAAAGUGAAGUGCUGUUCUUUCAGCGCACCCAUUGUUAUCAUUUUUGCCAAACUGAAUAUGCAAUAUGAAUAAUCUACUGGCAAACCAGAAAGCUGCUUAAUAUUAUGCUAACGGCAACGUUUAUCUCAAGCUUUAAGCGCUACAGAUAUCAACUUAAUGCAACUCUUCAAAUUGAUAAAACAUCUCUAGUCAUCUUGUUUUCGAUUGCAUUUAUCAUUUUCGUUUUUCUUUGAUGAUGCGAACAUUGACUGUAAUACUGUAAUAAAAUCAAUAAGGUAAACCUUAAAAAGCUGUUGAUAUUAUCUGACGUUUUUAUUGUCAAUGUGUUUUAAUGAGUAAAAUG